UCAUUGUAGGGCUUUGAAACCUUUUGUAAAUUGUAAGAGCAAACAGAAAUACAAGUAUGGCCAGAAACUCGCUUCUCCGCCCUUCUGUCUUUCGCUCUCUCCUAUGCCACCAAAGACCAUCGCCAACACAAGCCUUCUCUUCAAACCCUUCCUUUCAUUCCUUCCCUAACUACUUCCCAACAAACCCAGACACAGUUUCCCCUCCGUUGCCUUCCAAGUCCUCCUCCUCCAUUGACACCUCUCGCCAAUUCUCAAACUUCCAUCGCCCUUGCCGAUCCUUUUCUUCAUCCACCGGUCCUUCGAACAUUGUUGUUGUUAAAUCCCCAGAAGAGUUCAGCAAUUCAUUUCAGAAGGUUCAAGAUGAUCGCUUGCCUGCAAUUCUCUACUUCACGGCAACCUGGUGUGGUCCUUGCAAGUUAAUAUCUCCUGUCAUUGAAGAGCUGAGCAAAAAAUUCCCACAUGUCACGACGUAUAAGAUUGAUAUUGAUAUUGAGGGCCUUGGGGAUGCAUUAAGCAAAUUAAAGAUUUACUCUGUGCCAACAUUCUACUUCUUCCAGAAUGGGACAAAGGCUACUGAAGUAAUUGGUGCUGAUACUGCAAGUUUGAAGGCUACGAUGGAAGAUCUCUAUAAGAAGGAGUAGGCCAAGUUGGAGAUUGGCACACAUACUUUGGUUGGAGGAAUGCAUUUCCAGGGAAGAUGAGUUGUUGUGAGGACAACCUGGUACAAAAAAUGGAAAAAGAAAUAAUUAGAAAGAUACAAAAAUGUUGGUUUACAUGAAGUUUUCUGUACUUGUUUUCUGGAAUGCACAAGCAUUUAUAUGGUUAUUUUCACCCUCAAAAAAUUUUGUUUGUUCUAA